AUGCAGAAGCAGCAGCUGAAGCAGGAGGCUGCGGAGCUGCAGCAGCAGCAGCAGAGCUGGAGCCUGCAUGUCCAGGAGUGCGACCAGAAGUACCGGACCUGGGAGAGCCAGCGUGUGUUGGUGGAGCAGCAGAACGAGGCUACAGCCAAGCAGCUGAACCAAAUGGUGCAGCAGAACCAGGAGAAAAUCAUGGAGGAGGUGCGGAAGCGUGCCGGCCUGGAGCAAGACCUGCGCCAGAACGAGCAGCAAGAGGCGCAGCUGAGGGAAGAGAUCCAGCGCCAACAGGAGGAGAGAUCACAAUGCAGCGGGACGAGAUCACCACGCAGCGGGACGAGAUCGCCAUGCUGCACAGCCAGAUGGAUGAAGUCAUGGCUGGCCACAUGGAUGAGGCGAUCUCCCCAGAGGCGAUGA